CCUCCUUGUACAGCAUCAUCGUCAUCAUCACUUUUCCGUGCAACACCUGACUCGUUUCCUACAUGAUACCAUGUCUGUGCAUCGUCGUGCUCCCCGGUCACCGAAGAAGCCUGGCUCGCCCUACCGUCGUGACUCUCCUUCAAGGCUAGGUUCAGCUCCACCCAGAUCUCCCACACCAAACAACCCAGGGGGACGAGACAGACUGGAUGUGCGUAGUCCUACACCUCCCUUCGGAUGGAACGCACCUAGAAGCCCUUACAUGCCUCGACAUCCAUCGCCGCUGAGUCCUGGGGUGUGGAGGAAUGAGCUGGCCGAAUCUAUCAAGGAUGGGAAAGCAGCGGGAGGCGCCCCUAGUAUCUGUGUCCUCGAUACCAAUACCCUCAUCUCGGCAUGGGAAUUCCUCGCAUCGCUCUACAACCGCCUACUGCACCUGACAACUCAGUCCUUCCUGCAUCCUGCAGCACCGACCCCACCAUUUGUCAUUGUCAUACCCUACUUUGUCAUGAACGAGCUGGAUGGCCUCAAAGUGCGCCCCGGAGUAGGGUUCAGGGCGCGGGGGGCUAACAAAUGGCUGGAAUGGGCCCUUCAUGAGCAAAGGAAGAGUCGGCAGGACCCUUCCUCCAAGCGAGAAGUGGAGCUUCCCCCUGAGCGCUGGCCGAUCCGAGCACAGACACGAAGCUCAGCUAUGGAGAUGGGAGGUCGGGGAGGUGGCAGCGUCGAUGAGGCUCUAGUGGAGCUAUGCAAUCGGCUUCAAAGGGAUACCGACAUGCCGGUCAUGUUCUGCUCAAACGACACCAACGCAAGGACUAGAGCAGCGAUUGAGAGGAUCAGAACUUUCGACCUGAAGACGGUGCUCGACUGCAUCGACCGAGUGCAAAGGAAUAGUAUGUCUCCAAGCUUCAUGCGCAACGAGGGUAGUGAGGCUUCGCAAUAUGCUGUCGAUGGGCCAGGCAUCCUUCUCGAGCAGUGGGCUGCUCAACUUGGACUGCCGGAGAUGGACUACGGUCUACGUACGCUCAUUGCGCCCAUACGAGAUGACUCAAUGGGCAGUUCCUCUACUCCCACUCGUCAGUCAUCGGUUGCAAGCACUGACGAGGACGAGGAAAUGGGAAUGGCCUCCGAUGCCUCAGAUAGUAGGAGCACUCUCCGCGUCAAAGCAAUGACUCCCACAUACAGCGCUUCCCCACCUACAGGGCCUCGCGCUCAAAGCAGCAAUCAACCCCCCACCGGGCCCCGCGGUCAUGGCAGCCAGUCACCACCGGCUGGUCCUCGAAUUCAGAAUGGCCUCCAACAUCCUCCCUCGGUCCCUCUCAACUCCACGGGCAGCCCUUUGUCCCUUUCCUCGGCAAGAGGCCCCACAUCGCUGCCGCCGCGUCCCUCGGCCUCACUUUCUCCGCCCCCCUCUGCGCUUCGUGCACCUGCCGCAAGGAGCCGGGUGCCACCCGCAGUGCCUUCAACGAAGAUGCUUCCCGACCAACACAGAGAGGCUGCAAAGCUCGCUCCUUCCACAGGCCCAAAGAGGGGCUCGGCCGCUUCAAUCCACGCGCCUCCUUCACCGAGCUCGUCGCGGGCAGCAGUCAGGUCCACUCCUUAUUCUCGCCCAGGACGUACGAAAGGACAAGCCGACAAUCAGAGGCUCAGUGUCCCUGCGUCUACCACGAUGAGCAGAGCUGCGCAAUUCCAAGCGGACAAGAAAGUCCCUGCCUCUGGCCCUGUGCGGGCAAGCGCAACAGCUGCGGCAGUCGCUGCCGCGUCCAGCUCCUCCUCGUCCUUCUCCUCUUCUGUCCCAACUACUCGAGCCACAAACCCCACGAACGCAGCAAAGGCCGCUGCUGCCGCUGCCGCAAUGGCCGCGGUCCUUUCUGGCGAAUCUUCUUCUGGGAGAGGUGCAAAGACGAGAGCUGGGCGCACUACGAGGGAUAGUGUAUGGGCGAAUGGCACAAAUGGUACGGGCGCGGGUGCGGGCGCUGGUGCGGGUGCGGGCGCUGGCAAGAAAAGGAAAGGGUAACUGGUCUUUGUAGGAACGGCGGGGCAGUGCAUCAGUGAGUCAGACAUCAUGAACGAGUAGUCGUCAAAGCCCGUCAUCGAGUAAAAGGUUUCAUCCCAUCAUGUCAUGUCAUGUCAUGUCAUAUAAUGUCAAGAAGACAGAAGUCGAGUUCCUUUCAAUCUAUA